GAAGGAGAAUGUGAAUGGGUGGCAAGACUUGAAUGGAGGUAAAGAAAUGGUAAAGCGAGGCAUCACCCUUCAUCCAUGAUCCAACCCUUAUUUAAAACUAAAUUUGAAGUUGAUAAAUACAAAACGCAUCACAACACAACACAACACAAUACUAGCACCACAAUUAAGAAGAAGAAACACAGAACAAGAUGUCGUGGCAAACUUAUGUUGAUGAUCAUUUGAUGUGUGAUAUUGAUGGCACAGGCCACCAUCUCUCCGAUGCUGCCAUCAUCGGCCAUGAUGGCUCUGUUUGGGCUCAAAGCUCUUCUUUUCCUCAGAUUAAAUCUCAAGAAAUCACUGAUAUCAUGAAAGAUUUCGAUGAACCGGGUUAUCUUGCUCCUACAGGUUUGCACCUUGCAGGAACCAAAUACAUGGUCAUCCAAGGAGAGUCAGGAGCUGUCAUUCGUGGAAAGAAGGGAUCUGGAGGCAUCACCAUAAAGAAAACUGGUCAAGCUUUAGUUUUUGGUAUUUAUGAGGAACCUGUGACUCCUGGACAAUGCAACAUGGUUGUUGAGAGGUUGGGAGAUUACCUCAUUGAACAAGGUCUUUAGACCUAGCUAGAUUUAUAUAUCAUGUUUGGAACAUUUUUGUUUCUUGGAUACUAUACUUUUGUUAUUUUCAUAUUUUUUAAUUGUAUCUACUAUAUAUCAACCCUAAAUUGGGAGUUGUUGCAGACAAUAACCAUACGAGAAUUAAGCAAUUGUUUGUUG